AUGAUGAACACCUUCGGCCAACCGUCACGCCGCGCCCUCGCCAUACCUUGCCGUCAUAUCUCAUUCGCUCCAUUCGUCCCCAAGCGCUUCAUUGGGAUCCCCUCGGCAUUCCUCCUGGAUGACUACCUCCCUCGGUACAACCUGCUGACCUCGGUCGAUGCUUCGAAGAAGCGCUCUCUGGCCUACGCACAUCUCCGCGAGUGCAAUCUAUGUCCACGACAAUGCGGGGUAAACAGAUAUGAGACGACUGGGAUGUGUCUGAUCGGGGCAACGUCAGCCAAGGUCAACGUGAUCGCCCCGCAUCGUGGAGAAGAGCCGUGCAUACAGGGAUUUCACGGCAGUGGAUCAGUCUUCUUUUCAGGGUGCAAUCUCCGCUGUGUAUUCUGCCAGAAUCAUGAUAUUGCUCACCAACGCAAUGGGUUCGACCUUACUCCCGAAGAACUCGCUGAGUGGUAUAUCAAACUGCAACAAAUUGGCAACGUUCAUAACAUCAACCUCGUGACUCCGGAACAUGUUGUUCCGCAGGUAGCCCUGUCUAUUCUGACCGCAAGAGAUAUGGGCCUUCGCAUUCCCAUCAUCUACAACACCUCGUCCUUUGACUCGCUCGACUCCCUUAAGCUUCUCGAUGGCCUGGUCGAUAUCUAUCUUCCUGAUUUUAAAGUAUGGCGGAGCAGCACAUCAAAGCGGCUCCUCAAGGCAGAUAACUACACCGAAACGGCCAUGGAAAGUAUCAAAGAGAUGCAUCGACAGGUCGGCGACCUGUCAUUUACAUCCGACGGCAUUGCUAAGAAGGGGGUGCUUCUGCGACACCUGGUUAUGCCCGGGAAAGAAGACGAGGGAAGAGAGAUUAUGCGCUGGCUCGCAGAGAACGUCUCGCGGGAUCUCUACGUGCACAUCAUGGAUCAAUAUCACCCUGAUGCACAUGUAGGUAAGAAAAGGCGGGUAACGAGGCGAGUCCGCAUGGGAGAGUCAGAAAGCGAUGCGUCCAAAGAGGAAGUCCGCUAUGCCGAAAUCAAUCGUGCUGUGCGCGAUGAAGAGCUUGGCUCUGUGAGGGACGCUGCUGUCAAGGCAGGCCUGUGGCGCUUUUGCGAAGUCAAUGAACAGAACAGCGCAUUCCAUCUAUGA